GCAGUGAGGAGCGCUCUCUCCACUACAUCGCACCACUGCGGUAGGAGCAGCAGCAGCAGCAGUGGAACCAGGCAGGCACUUGUUCCUGCACGGAAACAGCCCAGGUGACGAGAUCCAUCUCUCUGCACACUUUAUCCCAGAGGAGGACUUUACCUGAGAGGACCUAACAGCUCCCAAGGCGAUCCUACAGCCCAGUGAGAGCGACGGAGGAACAACUUUUUGCUCCAUUUUUGUACCACCACACCUCCUCCGGUAACCUUGGCAGUCAGCAGACGUGUUUAUUCUCGUGAGAGGAUGAUGGGACCGCUACUCCUCUCCAUCCUCUCGCUGUGUCUGGGCACAGCUGUCCCGCAGCAUGUGAACGCAGCAGAUGGUGAGGAACCAACUUCAGCAGGUCCUUGCCAUCCGAACCCUUGCCACAACAGAGGAACAUGUGAGAUCAGUGAGACCUACAGGGGCGACACCUUCAUUGGUUACGUCUGCAAGUGUCCACCAGGCUUCAGUGGAGUUCACUGCCAACACAAUAUUAACGAAUGCGAAAGGGAACCAUGCAAGAAUGGUGGCAUUUGCACAGAUCUGGUUGCCAACUAUUCCUGCGAAUGCCCGGGGGAGUACAUGGGGAGGAACUGUCAAUACAGAUGCUCUGGACCACUGGGCAUGGAGGGCGGUAUUAUCUCAAACCAGCAGAUAACGGCCUCUUCCACCCACCGCGCUCUCUUCGGCUUGCAGAAGUGGUACCCGUACUUUGCACGCCUCAACAAGAAGGGCCUGGUCAAUGCCUGGACUGCUGCCGAAAAUGACAGAUGGCCAUGGAUCCAGAUAAACCUGCAGAGGAGAAUGAGGGUCACAGGCCUAAUUACCCAGGGUGCAAAGCGUAUCGGCAGCCCGGAGUACGUCAAGUCUUACAAAGUAGCCUACAGUGACGACGGGAAGACCUGGAGAACAUACAAAGUCAAGGGCAAAGACGAUGAUAUGAUUUUCAGAGGAAACGUCGAUAACAACGCUCCAUCAGCCAACUCCUUCACCCCUCCCAUUGAGGCCCAGUACGUGCGCAUUUACCCCCAAGUCUGCAGGAGGCACUGCACCUUACGCAUGGAGCUGCUCGGGUGUGAGCUAACAGGCUGCUCUGAACCACUUGGAAUGAAGUCAGGCCACAUCCAGGACUACCAGGUCACGGCCUCCAGCAUCUUCAGGACGCUCAACAUGGACAUGUUCACUUGGGAGCCUGGAAAGGCCCGCUUGGACAAACAAGGCAAAGUCAAUGCUUGGACAGCUGGACACAGUGACCAAUCACAGUGGCUACAGGUGGACUUACUUGUGCCUACGAAGGUCACAGGUAUCAUCACCCAGGGAGCUAAAGACUUUGGCCACGUCCAGUUUGUUGGCUCAUACAAACUGGCGUACAGUAAUGAUGGAGAGCGGUGGAAAAUAUAUCAAGAUGAGAAACAGGGGAAGGACAAGGUAUUCCAAGGGAACUUCGACAACGACACACACCGAAAGAACGUGAUAGAUCCACCCAUCUACGCUCGGCUCAUCCGGAUCCUUCCCUGGUCAUGGUACGGCAGGAUCACUUUGCGUGCAGAAGUACUCGGAUGCACAGAGGAAGAGUGAAGUCCUUUCUUCCAUUUUUCUUGCCAUUGUCCCCUGUCCCCUUGGUAUACUGGAGUAUCCCACCCAGUAUUUCAAAAAUAAACUGUGCAACCUGUAAAAAGAAAUCAAUUUCCAAUGGAUUUUUCAAGAAUACGUGUUUGGUUGUGGUGGGUUGCUGUUUGUUCUUUUUGUACAAUAAUUUAAAAACCUGCCCUUGAUCCACUUUUGUCUUUCAGUUUCCUCUUUAAAGCGUGAUCUUUGUCUUUUUAUUCUUCUCAAGAUUCACCAUCCUGUUUGGAAUGAACUUCUGUAAUAUAUAUAUGGGCGGGGUGGGGUGGAGUCGGAGAGGGGCUCUCGCUGUGGUUUUAACUUGUUGCCAUGGAAGCUAUUGUACAGUGUCACUUUUUAACAAAGAUGUGAAAUCUGUCUGCCGUGCUUCAUUGGACAUAAUUAACCAACUUCAUACCAUAACUAAACUGUCUGAAAUACCAUGUAGGGAUCACACGUUAUCACAUUAUCAGAUAUAUUUUUACUUUGAUUACGCCACUUCCUCAAGCCAUGCUUUUACCCUAAUGGACACUGGCAUUACUACAUCAAUCAAAACACUAUUAAUGCUCUUGUAUUAUAUGUAAAAGACUAAGAAAUUGCAUGGUGCGUGAAUUAUAAAUGUAUAUUAUGACAAAUCAUUUAAAACCUCCAGCCCUGAGAGCAAUGGCUUUGAUUUAGGGACCUAUUUUUAUGUGCAUUUUUAAAUAGUUCUGAAACAUUACAACACACUGCAAAAGCUUACUGAAGAUAAACAAAUAUGUGAGACAAUAAAGAAGCACUGCAGUUAACCGUGGCGCUGCAGCACUGACACUGAGGCUUGUAGGCUGUCUCUAGUUGAAUCGUCUUAAUGCUCUCAUAAGGAGUUCCAUUUUUUUUAUUUGUAUUUGAUUACUGCUACACUUUUUCUAAGAUAUUUGGACUUAUUGUUUGUGCUCGUUCUUUUUUGUAUUUAUUUAGAUAUAUCUGUCACAGCUGUCAGAUGCAUAAAAUCCGUAUUUAAUGUCUUUGUGUUGUCUUGGAGAUCUAAGUUGUGUCAAUUACAAAGCUCAGGAUAGAUGUCAUUCAUAAUAAUAAUAACCCACAAAUGUAUCAUUUUUGGCCACCUAUUUAAAGAUUUCUCUGUAUUAUUAUUUAAAGAAAAAGUCAAAUGAGAGAGAGCAAUUAUUUAAAUCAUGUCCGUAUAUGCAUAAUUCAAAUAUUGAAAGCAGUCUUUUAUUUUCUUGAAUCCCUUUGUGAUAAAUGAUAAUUGUUAAUUAAUUUCUUCUUCUUCUUUUCAAAAGAGAGCAAAUGUCCAAGAUUAAUAAUAUAUUAAUAUAUGCCAUUAUCUCAAACCUACAAUGAUGAAGAACUGUGGUAACAGUACAGAGCUCUAAAUUAAAUAUGGACAGCCUCUUUAUUUCAGGGGAUCUGAUCUUUAUUAUCAUGCUGGAUGAGAAAUUAUAUAGUAAUGAAAUGUUGAAGAGCUUGUGGGUAUUUUCACAUAAGAUGACAGCAGCUCUCUUGCGUGUUCAGAUGGUUCCAGGGAGCUAAAAAUAUUUAGACGCGUUAAGGUUACCGGGGAUAAAGAUGCCGUUAUGCCAACAUAUUCUAUUUAUGCAGUUUUCGCUGUAUGGGUUUCUGCUGUUGGCUGCAUCCUGCAGUAAAUGAACAGUGGUGCUUGGCUGGUUAAAUAAAUGGAAGUAAACAAGUACCCGAGGUAUCUUAGCAGUGUCAAACCUUACAGCUCCAUUCUACACGGCUUAAAAAUAGGCCUGGAUUACUCUCGUGGUUCACACUCUUGACUAGUUUUCCCAAAGCUCUUGAGUGCAAGCAUAAGAGCUGAAGGGAGCUACUUUUAUGCUCCGUGUUUCACUUAAGACUCGCCAGCUUUCAGUCACUUAACUAUCCAAUCAUUUCAUAUUGUAAGAAUACAAUGUAUUUGUUGUGAGAUUGCAGCUCAGUCUGAAAGAGACAGUAAGGAGAACCUUAUUUAAAUGUAAUGCACCAGUCUCUCCAAAUAAUUUUGGUUGCUAGAGUGCCACUUUUUAUUUUCAUCACUUUAUAUUCAAUGAGUGAAAAUGCAUUGGAAUCAAACAUUUUUUAAAGCACAGCAAGAAAAAUACCAAUACAAAUAUGUCGGUGCUUACUUUAUAUUGUCAUUCCAUCAUGUUGUUGUAGUUGACAAGUAACAGUAAAAACAAAACAAAAACAUAUUUUGAUUGUUAUCUGGAUAAUUGGAACUGAGUAUUGCCAAUUGUAUUCUGGUUUGGCAAAUUACAAUAGGAUACCUUGGUGAAGUUUACUCGUGUUAUGUUGCCAAACUCGAUUUGUACUUCAAUGUAAGUUACACUGAAAUACUUUGCUGUAGAUUACCAAUAUGUGAAAAUACAGUAGUUAUUGGUGUGAAUAAGUGACUGUCAUUCCUUAGGUUCAUGGACACAGGAUAAGCAUAAACAGAUUAUGUUUAUUGUCAUAUAACUAUCUUGGCCAGCAUCUGCUCUGAUUGAUGUUUGUAGUCAGCUUCCUGUCAGCAGGCCUGCUGCAAAGCUUUGAGGAAGUUUGCAUGACGUACGAGUUCGAACGGUACAAGUAUAACAAAGAUGUCCACAGGCACAUUAUGUUCUCGCAUAUCAUAAAGAUCUAAUAGCCUUUACUUUGUGCUUGCCAUCGAUUGUCUUGUGCAUUGUAAAACCUCAUCUCACAGGUUCAAAAGUGGAGCUGAGUGGAAACUCAUCCUGUCUUUGUAUUUCUGUGUCCGCUGUUCACAUAUUAUUUCUUACCUCGUCAGUCUGAGUGUCAAUCACUAUCUAGAAAACGUACCUAUUAUAAUGCUGGUUAGGUUCAAGCCUGCAGAGGAGAGGGAGAAACUGUGUACAGUCAAAAAAGAUGUUGCUUCAAACAAAAGCUCUUUCAGUUUGACAAAUAAAAACAUAUCUGUGAAAAUGA